AUGGUAAAUACUGCACCAAAAGAACGUAAAACAGCUUUUAUAACUGGAAUAGGAUCAUUCUUGGAUAAAUUAAAAGAAUAUAAACAGAUUGAUUAUCCAAAAGAACAAUUUGAAGAAACUCCAGUAUUGAAACAACAACGUGAAAAAAGGGAAAAACAAUUAUUAAAUAAACAAAAAUUAGAUGAAGAUUUUGCUAAAUGGAAUCCAUCUGAAGAUCCACAUAUCAAAGGUGAUCCUUAUAAAACGUUAUUUGUAGGGAGAUUGAAUUAUGAAGUUACAGAAAUUGAUUUACAAAAGGAAUUUUCUAAAUAUGGUGAAGUUGAAAGAGUUCGUGUUGUUAGAGACAAAGAUACUAGUAAAUCUAAAGGAUAUGCAUUCAUACUAUUUGAUCAUGAUUCAAGUGCCAAAGCUGCUUAUAAAGAAGCCAAUGGAUUGAAAAUCAAAGGUCGUGCUAUAAUAACGGAUAUUGAAAGAAGUCGUACUUUUAAAUCAUGGGUACCAAGAAGAUUAGGUGGUGGUCUUGGAGGCCGUGGUUAUAUCAAAAGACAAAUUGAAGCUGAAAGAGCACCAAAGAGAAGAUAUGAUACAGGUCCACCAAGUGGGAGAGGUAGAGGUGGAUCAAGAUUUGGAACUCGUGGAGGUCCAGUUGGUGGUGGACGUGGAGGAAGAGGUGGUGGAUAUGAUAGAUCAAGAGGUGGUUCUAGCUCUAGAGGUGGUUAUGAUAGAUCAUCAUAUUCAAGUUAUGAUUCAAGAUCAUCAAGAUACAGAGAAAGACAAACUGAUGAUUCAAGUCAUAGUGGUGAUUAUGGUGAUAGAUAUGAAAGUAGAUCUGAAAGACCAAGUGGUGGUAUAACGAGAUAUGAAUCAAGAUCUGAAAGACCGGAAAGAACAGAAAGAUUUGAAUACAGUAGUAGGUCUAAUCGUGAUUUUAGUGAUCGUGAUAGAGAUAGAGAUCGUGAUUCCAGAGUAGUGAGUGAAAGAGAAAAAGAAAGAGAAAAGUUUAGAGAAAGAAAACUUGAACAAGCAUCCAAAAGUCGGAUGAGAUACUAG